AUGGUGCAUGUGUUUGAGAAUUUGAAAUUUGUUAUCUUAAAGAAUCAUGAUGACUCCACUGAAGAAAAAAUAUCUAGUUUGUUAAAAUCAAAUGGAUGUUCCAACUUGCAACUAACAUAUCCUGAUACAUUUAAAUUACAACUAUAUAGCACAUCAAAAAGGCCCACAGUUCAUUUUGUUGUCACUAAUUCUAUCCCAUCUAACGAUAUCGCCCUGUCAUGUUUUAAAUUAUCUAUUCCUGUGGUGAAUAUAGAUUGGGUCCUCGAAUGCAUCAAAAGGGAGAAAAUAGUUCCUAUUGAACCAUUCCAAUAUUUUUCUAAUAUUUUAAAAAAUCACAGGUUUUACAUAUCUAGAUACUCCUUCAAUGAGCAAGAAUAUAAGUUCCUUCGCAAUCUGAUAUUACUUCUAGGUGGAGAUGUGACUCGUAUUUUGUCUAAACAGACUGUGACUCAUUUGGUACUGAAAAAUAAUAAUACCAUGGAGAAUGAUCCACUUAAACAGCUGUUACCCAUUCUGAAUCGUCACCCUUAUAACGAGAUUGAAGAAGAAAUUCAUAUAGUCGACGAAGUAUGGCUAUUUGACAAGUAUUUUAACAGUGAAUACGGUAAUACAAUAAUCAAAAGUGUUAAUAGCAACGAAGAAUCGAAAGAUUACAAUCCAAUAUUUCAUAAAUCGAUGUUUGAUGGGUACGAAUUUUUAAUGGAUCUCCAAAUGGAGAUGCCACUAAUUAACCAUUUAUCCACUAUGAUUAAAAGUUUUGGCGGUGCGAUACUCUUGUAUGAAGAUACAGAGGCAGAAAAGAUACCAAUGGCUAACAGAAGUAAGAAAAAGUUAAUAUAUUUGGGUGAAUUCUAUGGAAAUCCAUUGUUCAAUAGUAUCCACACGCACCAUGAUAUUUUGAAGGUGAAUUUAAAUUGGAUCUUCCAAUGUAUAUUACAACAAGGGAUGGAUAUUUUUAUAGAUAAGGAUGGCCACAGUAAGAUGAUUUAUAGGAUCCCCAAUCAGACACAAAAAAAACUAUGUAGUGGCAUGAGGAUUUCCUAUACACAAUUCUUUGGGUUACAAAGAUUUGAAAUCAUUGAUAAGAUUGAAAUGCUUGGUGGUGUUGUGAUGCCAAACCUUGAUCUAACUACAGAUCUUUUGAUUGUGGGGAUUUCAAGGGGUCCCAAAUAUAGGUUUGGUAUAAAAAAUAAUAUACAUAUGGUGACUCCAUCAUGGUUAGAUGUGACUUUUGAAUCUUAUUCAAGACAACCAUUUGACCAAUAUAUACCAUCUUGUGAAGAUGAUGAAAAUCUAUCUUUAAAUGUCGAUGAAAAUGUUAAUGAGGAUGUAGUUAUAACGAGCAGUCCCUCUAUGAUAAUUGAGGAACCUGAAGUGAAGGGACAUGCAACUACUGCUAGAAUCCAAGAUCAAGAAGAACGUGCCACUUUCGAUACAACCAAAUUCAAUACUGAAUCCGCAAAAAUACAUGAUAGCAAGUCUUCAAAUAGAUUGGCCAGAAAAGAAGACGAGGAAGAGGAAGAAAAGGCUGCUAGAAAAUACAUAGUGAAAAGAACAAACAAGAGACAGAAGAUAGAAGACAAGGCUAGGGAUACAUUAUUUAGGGAUGGAAUGAAAGAAAUUGGACCUUUAUAUAACAUACAUUGUGUGACCACCCAAUGUCUUGAUGGAUUAACAAAUCUAGAUAAAGAGAUAUUGAAAUUGAUCGGGAUUGAGAUCUUCGACAAAAUCGAUGACUCGAAUAUUAAGUUGUUGAAUGGUGUAAUUGCACCAAGAAGACUUCGAACAUUCAAAUUUUUGUUGAGUUUAAGUUUUGAACCACUAGAAUAUGCAUUGAUACCAGAAUUCAUAACGGAUAUAUUAGCCAUAGUAAAAAACGGCCAAGAUUUGAGCGAGAAAUCAUUGCGUUUAGACCUAAAGACAUAUUGUAUCCCAGAGAUGGAUACAGAUAUUUUACAGAGGACGAAAUUACCAAAUAAAGUGUUUUCAAGAGGAAAUAUUAUAAACGUCAAUAUGUCGUCUAACAUGCAGGGCGGUACUGAGACUCUAACAACGAUAUUAAAGAGUCAUGGUAUUAAGAACAUAAAUGUAUUGAAAAAGAAAUUUAGUAUAAGCGAUAUAGUGAAGAAUGAGAAUCAUUUAGCAGAUAAUAAAACAGAUGGAGGGAAUAACGAGACAACUAAUGAAAUUCCUCAAUACAUUCUUAUCACUGAUCAACAAUCACAAGUGAAACAAUUCAAAAAAAUCUUGUUAAAGAACGAUAAAGAUACGAAAGGUAUAUUCAUAGUGGAAUGGAAUUGGUGUGUACAAUGUAUUUUUGGCCUUGAUGUGUCGUAUAGUAAAUACAAAUCAACCAUACUGCAUAAUGAAUAA